AUGCCUUCUUUCCAACCAGCUGUCGAACCAGACUCAGAGGUGGUUGGGAACAGGUGGAUUGGACCAUCUGUUCAUGCGGCGUCUUGUUUGCAGGAGAUCGAAUUUGAGACGGAAUGGAUCCUUUACAGCUCCUUACACGAAUCACUGAUGAUAAGAACUACACACAUGGUUGGGUUAAAGAAAGUGUCGGCGAAUGAAAGUUCCUCAAGAGACGGCAUCCCGAGCGGAAUCUUGCUCGACAGUAAAGUGCUCAAGGGCACCAAUAUACGCGGAGCUGGAUAUCCUGGAAGUUCUAUGCUCGUAAUUCCGUCUGCAGAUGCGGACAUAAUCGAGGAAAACGGAGUAGGAUUUCGCAGAAGUCGCUCGCCGCUGAAAGUCCAUGCUUCUCGUCAAGAGAUAUUUUGGUUAUCGAAGGGAAGGACUUCAGUAGAUAAGAAAAAUUACUCUCACUGCCUAUAA